UUCAAAAGGACGACACCACGCGAUUCUUGAUGCUUCUGGCACUCAACCACUGACCACUACUCGGGAAGUUGAAGAGAUUCUGACCCUUCCAGGAGAAGGAAGACGAGGUCUCACCUGGUUCAGGUUUUUCUCUCUCUCUCCCUAUUCUGGCGUGUAUCUCUUUUUCCUCAACAUUUGACUUCAGCGUUAUCUUCUCCGCCACCGGGUCUUCUCGACGAGAAAUUUGAGGUGCUGAUCGCGGAAGGGAAAGGUGUUUGGGAGCCCUUUCGUUCGGUUCUAGUGUUUCUGGUACGCGUGCAAGCGGUCGAGCAGCCAUGGGGGAGAUAUUCUGGCUCGGAUCGGUUGUUUCUCUAUAAAAGAUGGCGUCUUUGGAUACUAGUCUCCUGCACUCGGCCUCUACAUCAAUGAUGUCUUCUCCUCUUCGAAUUUUCUUCAAGGAUGCCGGGCGCGUCUUUAAAUUGGAUGAGCUCGGAGUGGAGAUUAUGAGCAUUGCCUUGCCGGCAGCUCUUGCCUUGAUGGCUGAUCCCGUUGCUUCUCUCAUUGAUACUGCCUUUAUUGGUCACAUAGGCCCAACUGAACUUGCAGCUGUAGGUGUGGCUAUUGCAGUGUUUAAUCAAGCAUCAAAAAUUGCUAUCUUUCCUGUUGUUAGUGUCACAACGUCAUUUGUUGCUGAGGAGGAUGCUGCAAGCAAAUUAUCAAGUGCUGAUCUUGAAAAUGUGGAGCGCAAUGAGUUUUUUUCUGAAGAUAGUGAAAUGAAGGAACUGAUAUCUCACAAUGGUCAUGAUGAGCAACUGCAAGCCUCAUCCUCAUUCUCUGAUACCAACACAGUUGCAUUUGGCCAUCGAAAACGUAUUCCUUCAGCCUCUUCAGCAUUAAUAAUUGGAGGGAUACUUGGUCUCCUGCAAACCAUAUUCCUAGUUUUGGGAGCAAAGCCCAUUUUGAACUAUAUGGGUGUGACAAAUGACUCUCCUAUGAUGACACCAGCAUUCCAAUACUUGACAUUGCGAUCACUUGGUGCUCCUGCUGUUCUCCUGUCUUUGGCCAUGCAAGGAGUAUUUCGUGGAUUUAAGGAUACAAAAACUCCUCUGUAUGCAACUGUGGCUGGAGAUGUAAUCAACAUAUUCUUGGAUCCAAUUUUUAUUUUCUUUCUCCGAUUAGGUGUUAGUGGUGCUGCAAUUGCUCACGUCAUUUCUCAAUACUUGAUUGCGGUAAUACUCUUAUGGAAAUUGCUAAGACAAGUUGAUAUCUUGCCUCCUGGUAUUAAAGAUCUGCAAUUUAGUCGAUUCCUUAAAAAUGGUUUUCUAUUGCUUCUGCGUGUGAUUGCAGCAACUUUCUGUGUAACACUAGCAGCUUCAAUGGCUGCACGGGAAGGAUCAGUUCCCAUGGCAGCAUUCCAGAUAUGCUUGCAGAUUUGGCUGGCAAGUUCUCUUCUUGCUGAUGGUUUGGCUGUCGCUGGGCAGGAGAGAUCAUUAUGCCCUCAAGUCAUCUCUUUCAAGUUGGUAUCAGAGCCAUCCUUCCUUGUCCAGAAAUUUCUUAAGCCAAAGUCAUGUCUGAACACUCCAGCGAAUCCACCACCAUUCCUCAGUCCUCCUCACAUCCCACCCAGAUAACCACCAUCAAGCUGAACGGCGACAACUUCUUACGGUGGUCGCAAUCAGUGAAGAUGUAUAUUCGGGGCCGAGGAAUGAUGGGCUAUUUAACGGGUGAAAAGAAAACUCCAUCGGAAAAAGACCCAAUGUAUGCUACAUGGGAUGCUGAAAAUUCCAUGGUAAUGACAUGGCUCGUAAAUUCCAUGGAAGAGGAGAUUGGCGCAAAUUAUAUGUGUUUCCCUACGGCAUAUGAAUUAUGGGAAAACAUAAAUCAGAUGUACUUUGAUUUGGGGAAUCAGUCCCAAAUCUUUGAGUUGACUCUCAAACUUGGUGAAUUGCGGCAAGGAGAAGAACCGGUCACCAAGUAUUUCAACUCCUUGAAGAGGAUCUGGCAGGACCUUGAUCUUUUUGAUCCAUAUGAGUGGAAGAAUGUUGAAGAUGGACAGUACCACAAGAAAACAGUGGAAGGCAGUCGUAUCUUCAAAUUCUUGGCUGGCCUUAAUGUUGAGUUCGAUGAGGUAAGAGGAAGAAUCAUUGGUAGGAGACCACUACCAUCCCUCGGUGAAGUCUUCUCCGAAGUUAGAAGGGAGGAGAGCCGGAGGAAUGUUAU